CAGCAACAGUGAUCCAAGAGACUCAGGGAACUUGUGACUCCUGUGUCUUUUGCAAGUCCAACAGUCUUUUCUGAUUUUAUUUUCAUUUCAAAAUACUGUGUGUGCUCCAAGAAAUGUGCAGAAUUGUAGAGAGUUUACCAGCAGGUAUUCCUGGGUAGUUUUCCAUUUUUCUGAGCUGCCCAGACAACUUGCAAAUGGACUGAGGAUGGUAUGGGGAAUUUGUGUUUGGGAGAGGUUAGCUGUUUCCUUGACAACAGCAUUUGGGGCUCCCAUGCACAGUUGGACUGAGACAAUUAAUGGGAACGACUUAAAGAGUUAAAAGAAGAACAAAGAAAAUGUCAGCUUAAGGUAAGAUUUUCUUCAAGCAAAAAUGUCAGAGAACUCCACUGAGUUGGUUAACUACCCUGACAAGGGCCAAGCUUUUCUUCCUGCAAUUCCUAUGAUUCCUGGAAACAGAGUGAAUCUUCUAGAAAACCGGUUGUCCAGUCAGGAGAGGACCACAGCUGUUCUCCUAGAUCAGGCAUUUCGAAUCAAAGAUGACAUUGUUUCUUAUCUUAAAGGAAGUAAGGGCCAUCAACAGGGGGAGACAACAGCACGACAACUGCUGGAAAACCACAUACAGACUAUUACAAGCAUAGUUAAGAAGCUCAGCCAUGAUAUAGAGGUUUUGGAGAAACAAAUAAGAACAAGAGAUAAUGUUACAACAGGAACAACUUUUGCUGUUCAAAGUUUGGACCAUAAAUACCUACAUGGAUUUGGGGACUUGCGUGGAAGGGUGGCCAGAUGUGAUGCGAGCAUUGCAAAGCUAUCUGGAGACAUAAAUAUCAUCAGGCACGAGAUACAGAGGCUAGAGAAAGAGAUUGGUGUCGUCCGCUCUACCUCAGAAAGUUAUGCUAAUAAUUUAGAAAUGAAGGUAAUGCGGCUAUUAGACAAGCUUGAGACUUCCAACUCUGAGCAAAGCUCUCAUUUAAGGACAGUCCAGGGGGAUCAACACCAUGAAUUGCAACUUCUGGAUUUCAAGGUGAAUAGUCUUUUAAAUGACCUCCGGGAUCAAAUUCAGGACCAACGAAAGUGGACAGAAACCCAGCUGAGGCGAUCUGAACAAGAGCAAGCCUACAAUACAAAUCAAUUUCUUAAUGCAGUAAAGGAGAGACUGGAAGCAGCGGAAAAGAAACUGGAAGAAAACGUGCACCUCUCGCUAAAGCUAGAGAGUACCAAUAAACCACAGCAAUAUGAAAUUGUGCUGAGCCAGGUGAAAAAAUAUGAAAAUAAACUGCAUGCAAGAAUUACUAGAUUUGAAAGACAGAUCUGGAAUGAGCUGGAGGAAAUCCAGAAUGAAUAUAGAUCAGGAUUUCAGUCCAUUCAUGAAGCUCUCAACUCACUCCAACAAAUACAGACGACAAAACUGAAACUAGAAAAAAAGAAAUUCCAGAAAGACAUUAAAAAAAUACGAUGCAAGGUAUCUGAACUUCAGGAAGAAUAAAGCUUUUCCAACAUUUGCAGUUGUUCUCUCAACCUAACAGGACUGUUGACUUAAAGACUGAAACAAAGAAAAAUCUCAUGUCUCUAUAGCAUGUUACUGCUAUCCUUAAAUCAUAUUUUAUAGUAGAGCCUUCAUAAUCUAAUGCAACACUAAAGAAAAUCAGUUUUGGUGAUUUUGUCUUGUUUUAAUAUGUUGAAGCAAGGUCAGUGGGGCAAGAAAAUAAAUAUUAAGGACUGACAAAUUUGAAAAGGAUAUUUCACAAAAAAUUAGCUCUUAUCUGGGGAUUUUUAGGAUCCACCUGUCCAUGUAACUCCCUGAAAUUCUUAAGCAUAACAAGCCCACUUCUGGUCUGAAAUAUGCUGGAUUUACACUGGUGCAACUAAAAUCAAAAUUAGGCCUAGUAAAUUCUCCCAGUACUGUUCUAUGCACAUACAUUAAGCCUAUUAAUAUUAAAUGCUAAUUGACGGAAGAAUAGCAAUCCUCACCUCAGUCUCUCUAGAAUAUAGCAGAACAUUUACUGAAUGUAACUUGGGUUGGAGAAAAAGAGAAGUUGAGUCAUUCUAUGCAGCUAAGGAAACUGGUGCAAGUGAUAGAUCAAAGGCAAGAUAAUGAUAAUUUUUGCAUUAAAAGAAAUAUGGUAUCUAUUUCCAAGGUGCUUUUCUGGUUCUUGGAAAAAGGUGAUGGUUAUACCUAGGUUCUUGAUUAUUAAAGUGGGUAAAAUAAAAUCUUAAAUACAUUUUUAUCUGCUUCAUCUUUUAAAAAAAGAAACAACCCUGAAAUAAAUUUCUCUGGUAAUUCAGGAUCCAGGAUUCUAAGGCACUAGUACACACUAAAUUCCAGUCCCACUGACAUCAGAGACAGUUUUGCCAGGGUUUGCUGGGGAGGGGAGGGAGAAUGACUACAAUGCAGUUGUGGUAGAUAUUCCGUCCCACAACUGAUAAAUUCAUUGUCUCUGAGCCUCUCUCCAGCAAAUCAAAUGGGACAGAACUCAGAUAAUCCUAGUGGCUCUGGUUUUCCAUGUUUGUCUAGGACAGCACACAUGGAAAAAAAGUUUCUCAGGCAGGGGCCCGGCAUAGCCUCUUUAACAGCGUGGUUGAUGAAGGGGCCUCAGUA